UUUUACUUUGCCGACAGAUCGAUUUUAAAACAUCUCAUUUCUAAGUCGGGUGAAAAUAUAAAAUUAUAUAAAGAAUUUCAUUUACAAAAAAUAAUGUGCUAUCCAAAGCUCUUUAUAAAAAUAACUAAAGAUAAAUGCAUAUAGAUAUACAGAUUGAAUUUAUCAAUAUGUCAAAAAAUCACAAACUCGGUAUGUGAUGUGACACUUUGCAAACGAUAAAAGUUAGCGUCAGAUCAUCACAUCAAUGACGUGAAGUUAUUGUGUGUAUUUUAGCGUGAAAUGGCCGACACUGAACUUAUUGUAAAAAUAAUUAAAGCUGUAAAACAGCGUGAUUGCUUAUGGAAUGUACACUCAUCAGAAUAUGCAAAGCGAGACAAAUUGGAAAAGGCUUGGCAAGAAGUUGCUGUUGAUGUAGGCAGAGCAGACGUAUUUUGCCGCGAAAAAUGGAGAAAUGUUCGCACUGGCUUCUUACGCAGCAUUCAAUAUAAUACUAAUAUUCGUUCCGACUAUGGGGAUUGUACCGAAGAUUUACCCACACCUCGUCGCAAACGUUUCUAUUUGUAUGAUGAAAUGAAAUUUCUUUUGCCGUCAACGGAAAAAAUAGGACAAACUAAGAAGAGGAGGAAGCUCUCCCGCGGAGCAAAGACGAGAAUUUCUAUUGAAGAUCCUAGUGAAGAUAUUUGUGAAACUUCUACAAUACAAAGAACAUUCUCUACAAAUGAUGAUACUAAGCACUACAGCAACAACAACGACACUAAUCAAAGUACAAACGUUGCAUAUCCAGAAAUAUUGAAUGAACUUCAACUCACCGCUAAUGCAUCUAAACCAUUAACUCGACAAUCGGAUGUGGCCAUGACAAUGAAAGUGAAUCAACAAUCGCCUCUAUUAAAGCUGGAUGAAGAAAAAGCAGAGCAAAUGAAACAUGCGGCUCCUAUAAAUGUUUCAUCUAGUGCAACAAAAUGUGAAAUAGGCAAUAAUACUACGGUUGUAGAGUCGUUCAAUGUCAGUGCGAAUCGUAGUGAAUGUGACAAUCGCGAUGAAGAGCAGCUCCUAGCAUUUUUUCGAGGUAAUAUCGACGAUAUAUUGUCAUUGCCUCGCCAUAAGCAGCGUUUAUUUAAGCGUCGUAUGCUGGAACUAAUAGACGAUUUGCAUCGACCGGAAAGUGGCAUAUCAACUAGCCGUUAUUGUGCUUGACCAUAAAAUGUAACAUUGACAUUUAUUAGUCAUUUCGUAAUAGUAAUUAUGAAAGCAUUCCGAUUUUUAUUGAAACUACCUAAAAGUUGUUUAAAAUUAACUCAAAUAUGUCCAAAUUAAACCGUUAAAAGCACAAUAUACCAAAAUGA